AGACGAGCCACCAUGAGGACACCAAGGAGAACUGCAACAAGACUCCUAACAGCAGACACAUAAUACUGAGGGUGAAAUGACGUGACUGCAGCCAGUCAGUCACUCCUCAGGCAGGUCGAUGGCAGCGAAUAUCAGUCAGAUCAAGUUACUUUGGAUCUUAUUAAUGAAAGGCCAAUUGACAGAAGUUCCUUUGAUUACAGAUCAAUUUCAGUCCCUUUGAGUAAAUUUGCCUUUUAAAAGUGAUACAGACAAAAGCACAGGUCAUUUAAAAUAACACCAGCUGCACUCAUAUCACCUAAAUGAGUUCUUUCAGUGGAAGAACAACAAGACGCUGAACCUCAUCACUGCAUAUCAAAUCUGUUUCUUUCCUGUGCAGCUUCCCUUGCAGACAGCAGCUUUCUGUGGCCCAGAAUUGUGAAUAAACGAACCCAUUAGAAAAUCCUGCAACAUCUCAUUUUCCAAGUUAAUUGUCACUCUUUAAAACAGAGAGUGCAGCUGGUGUUCAGCAUACAAAGUCCCGUGUCGCAGCCAUCCCUCUCCACCACCACCCUCCUCCUCCUCCUCCCCAUCCUCCUCCUCCUCUCUCGCUGUCUCCCCCUGCAGAGACCCAACCGGCUGUCCGGUCCGCCCCUCUCGCUGCUGCUAUGGCCGCGGAGGCUGCCGGUCGGGUUGAUGCCACGGCCGCUGCUGCAGACUGCACCGAGAUUGAGGUGAGGCUGAAGGAGGGGACCAUGAAAGCUGAUUUGGAGGCUUCUCUGCCUGCUGGACAGGAGGAGUUUGCGAUCUGCUGCCGAGAUGUGUGCCGGUCAUACGGCAAACUGAAGGUCCUCAGCAACCUCAACCUGAGUGUACCACAGGGACAAAUUUAUGGCCUUUUGGGACCCAGUGGGUGUGGGAAGACCACACUUCUGAAAUGCAUCGUGGGAACUCUGAAAAUCUCGCGGGGUCACAUCAUGGUGCUGGGAAAACCACCCGCGUUCCCUGGUCAUAACGUGCCAGGGAAGAUGGUUGGAUACAUGCCGCAGGAGCUGGCCCUGUACAACGAGUUCACCAUCAGUGACACCUUGACCUUCUUUGGGCGAAUCCACGGCCUGACGUCGAAGGAAACCCAGGCACGCAUGGAUUUCCUCGUUGACUUCCUGGAUCUACCUCAGAAGAACAGCCUGGUCCGAAAUCUCAGUGGGGGUCAGAGGCGCAGGGUGUCUCUGGGAGCGGCUCUGCUUCAGAAUCCAGAGCUGCUCAUCCUGGACGAACCCACUGUGGGAGUGGACCCUGUGCUCAGGGCCAAGAUCUGGCAACAUCUGGUGGAGAUUGUGAAGACGGGGAAAGUGUCUGUCAUCAUCACCACACACUACAUAGAGGAGGCCAGGCAAGCCAAUGUGGUCGGUCUGAUGAGGAACGGACGUUUGCUGGCUGAAGCUCCUCCAGAAGCAGUCAUGAAGCAGCACAGUGCAACAACCCUGGAGCACGCCUUCCUGCAGCUGUGUGAGGCUUCGGACGGGGAAAGCUCCAAACGGCAGUCCAGUCUGCAGGAGGGGCCGCUGGAGAACAGCCAGUCAUUCGAGAGCGGACGGGACGAAAGUCGGCCAAUUCUCGGGAUUGGACCAGGAGCUGCAGGGGAAGCGCCCAAAUAUUCAGUGGACUGGAAGGUUCGAGCCAGACAUGUGCUGCCAAAGUGGAGAAACAUCGCAGCCCUGAUGAUCAAAACGCUGGUGCGGAUGAGGAGAAUGCCAGGCUCCUUGUGUUUCCAGUUCUUGCUGCCCGUCAUCCAGAUCUCUCUGAUCUGUUUGUGCGUUGGAGGAGACCCAGAGGGGAUCCAGGUUGCUGUGGUCAACAACGAGACCUCCCCUUCCGCUUUCAGCAGAUCACUGCUCUCCUUCCUGGACAACUCCAGCAUACAUCAGGUUCCAUUGUCCCAUAAGGAUGCUUUUGAUGGGAUCUAUAAUGGAGAGUAUUGGGGUGUCAUUGGCUUUGGCAGCAACUUCACCAGCUACCUGACAAAAAGGAUGAUGCAGCGGCAGGUUUCAAGAGAGGUGGUGGAUGGAGGAUCAGUCCACGUCUGGCUGGACCUGACGAAUCAACAGAUUGCCCUCAUGCUGCAGAAGAAACUGCACGAGGCCUUUCAGGCUUUUGUGGAUAACAAGUUGAGCAGUUUGUCGUACCUGGCCGCCCUGCCAAUAAAGUUUGAAGAGCCGAUCUAUGGCAACCAAAACACAGACUUCACUACGUUUGUGACACCCGGAUCUGUGCUCAGUAUCACCUUCUACCUGGCCGUGGGUCUGACAGCUCUCUCCUUUGUCCUGGAGAGGAAGGAGGGGCUUUUGGACAGAUGCUGGGUCGCAGGUGUGAGCUCUCUGGAGACGAUGCUGGCUCACCUCUUCUCUCAGCUGUUUGUCAUCAGCGUCCAGAUCAUCCUGCUGCUCCUCUUCAUCCUCCUCGUCUUCAAGAUGCCCAAUGAAGGCUCCUUGGUGCUGGUCAUAAUUCUGAUCGUGCUGCAGGGUGUCACCGGCAUUUCGUUUGGCCUCGUCAUUUCAGCCGCGAUCGACGAUGAGCAGAAUGCCAACCAGGCCGCCCUGGGCAUCUUCUACCCCAACCUCAUCCUCAGCGGUAUCAUCUGGCCCGUGGAGUGUAUCCCGUAUCCUCUCCGCUACCUCAGCCUUGUUCUUCCUCAAACCUACGCCUCAGAAGCCCUUCGCUGUAUCAUGUACAGAGGUUGGGGUCUUUCUCGGUUCAUGGUGUGGCGAGGCUUCGCGGUCACCCUGGGCUGGAACACCUUCUUCCUCAUCCUGGCCACAGUCAUCUUAAAGCUGAGGACGUGACAGCCUCGCCCCAGAGAACCUUCUUCAGUGCGGGGACAGAGCCGACAGGUGAAGCCAACGACUCACCUGGAUGGACCGGGGCAGCAGAGAGCAGGAGGAGGGAGGAGUCACUGUGAUUUAACGGACUGAUGAGGAUGAUGCAUCGGUCUUCCUCCUCCAAACUGUCUGUCUCACACACACACACGCACACACACCCACACCAAUCGGCUGCCUGAUCCUGCAACAGUUGCUUUGGCCUGUUCGAGCACGAGUGAAAUUUCAAAUUGCUGCACAUACACAAAAUGACAGAAGCACAUGCACAAUAUUUUUUAAAAUGGCCGUUAGCGUAUAGUCUUACAGUUUGGUUAACCUAUAUGUGCAGCCUAUUGAAACUCUUCACUCAGAAUGGGCCACAAACCAACUCAGGGUCAUUUUUUUAUUUCUGGUUGCCCUUUGUCUUAAUGCUAAUAGUGAGAUUUAGUGGUACAGCUGGAGGACAAUGGCUUUCAUCCUUACAGCGACAUAAAUGUCAACUAUAAAAUUGUAAGAAAAGGAGUCAGCACAACAAGAAAAUGUGAAGAUGUUUUAUAAUUUUUGUUUUUCAUUUUUUACAUUUUUUUUCAUUUACUUUACAAGCAGACAAAUUAAGGAGCAGAUUGCUUCAUGUGGAAUCCCAGCUUAGGUCUCAAAGUGCUGAUGGCUGCAGACUCACCCAGUCAGACUUCACACAACAACAGUGUCUUGUCUUGCUGCUUCCUUGCUUGUUAUGUCUUUGUUCAGAUUUACGUCCUGCCUGAUGUGUGACGGGAAGCGUUACCAGGUGCUCGCUGUUGCUGCUGUUGUUCUCAGUUCAGGUUGACGAUGUCCUCCAUAACUUGUGUUUGGUGCCUGAAUCUCCUGAAGGAGGAAAAAAUGUGGGGUUUGACGCUGGUGAUGGGAAAAGGUUCGUACUGUGUCGUUGUUUUUGAUCACGCUCCACUUUGCUGGGCGGAGUGGAGGCUGUUGGACAGAUUUCGUCUCGCAGUUUGGGUGCGUCGUGCUCUGCAAGCUGUCUGCAUCCGUGCAAAACAUGUUAUAUGUUUUACACAGCAGUUUGAAACGGCUCAUACAAUGAGUCUCCCACCAACAACACAGAACAAAAGCACACUGGAGUAUUGCUGUUUGGGAUUCGACGUGUUGUGGAGAUGUGCCUUUGGGAUGUCAUGGGGAAAAGGGAAGAAAAGAAGAAUAACUUUCAAAUGUAGACCACCAUAGUAGUUGGAUUGGAGUCAAGGUAGAAGGAAUGGGAAACAAAAGACUGAGUUUGUGCACAAAUAAUCAGUAGUGAGAAAGGCCACAUUUUAAAAUAACUCUUUAGAGUACUUGAAUUAGUUUUAUUGAAUAUUGACAUUAACAUUAAUAUUAACACCAGAACAUUAUUUCGUUUUUAAAACCAUAAGACACUAUUUAGAUUUAUUUUUCCAGUAAUAAGUGAGAUUUUCUUUUUCAUGUUUUCUCUUUUUUUCACUUGAAUCAGAAAGUAACGUAUGGUUGAAAAAGCUUAUUGUGAAAAAAGUAACCAGUUAGAAAAAAUUAUAUGCAGCUCGUUUCUUUGCAUUUUACUCAUCUCUGUAAGGACAGAAAACAUAUUGAUCUCCAAAUCAAUGAGCUCUCUGACUUGACCACGUGCGUUCUGCCUUUAAAGGAAUAGUUCCACCUUUUGGGAAAUAGAAGAGAAGAUCAAUGCCCCUCUCAUGUGUGCUCACUAAAUAUGAAGCCAGUUAGCUUAGCUUAGCAUAAUAAGGGGGAAGCAGCUAGCCUGGCUCUGUCAAAAAAGAUGAGAAGAUUUGUGGGGGGUUUUUCCAGGUGUAGGAGGUCCUCAAAGUCACUGGUCCCUGCCAAGACAUAGUUUUAUUUCACUUUACAUAUUAAACAAAGAAGAUGUAACAAAUCAAUUAGCAAGCUUUAGCAGUGACGUUGGCUUCCGUGUGCUAAGCUAAGCUAACUGGCUGCUUGUUGUAGUUUGAUAUUUACCACACAGGCAUAAGAGGGGUAUCAUCUUCUGAUCUGACUCUCAGCAAGAAAGCAAAUACACCCAAAUAUCCCAAAAUGUUGAAUUAUUUCUUUGAAAUUAAGAACUUUUGACUCAAUCCAGCAUCACAUGUUGUGCCAAUCUCAUAAGAUUUUAAAAAUGUUUACAUUCUUCUGAUAAAUCAGAAGUUUUGUUUGUUUGUUUUUUAGCUGGAGGUGUUCACCCAAGUCAGUUGUAGGACUAAACGCCUGCAUGUGUUGUGUUUAAACGUGUUGCCGCAAUGCUACGUGUUGCCAGUCAUAUUAAUGCAGUGAAGAAUUUAUGUGUCCAGUAAAAGGAUAAAUAACGAAAUCUGGAAGACUGUAAAUUCCUUCGGUUGGUUUGCAUUGGUUUGGGGACUAAUGGUGGAGAUAUUUGUGCAGCAGGUUGUGCGUGAUGAUGGACGACAGCUCCCCGAACUGUAAAUCUGCUGUUGUUCUGCUGUACAUUCAUCAGAGUCCCUGUUGCACAUUUUUGGGGAGAUUGUGCUCUCGUUUGAUAAACACCAGGGAGCAUCUUGUUCUUACAGGAAUGCUUUUUAUCACAUUCAUAUGACACCAACAAGGACUUCACUGUAUUUUGCCAAACUGUGAGGAUACAUACUGUAGCUCUGUUUGUAUUCUUACCUUGACGUGGAGUCGAACAUGAAUCCCGCGUCCUGGUGGAAUCACCUACGUGCCUCAUUCAACUCCCAUCGCACAAUAAUUCAACUUUAUAAAAUAAGUUUAAACUGGUGGACAGUCUCUGGUGAAAUGAUGUGCUUAUGUCAACGUACGCUUUUUGCUUUUUGGACAAUUAGUGGACAAUUGUGAUAUUACUGCGAACAAAAAAGUGUUAGAUGUGUGUAAGACUGUCUAUGAUGUGUUGCUUUUUGUUCUAAAGUGCUUUAUAACAUAUAUAUAUGUUCAAUUUUAACAUUAAAAUAACUCCAGUCAAAAUUCUAUCUGCAAACUAAACAACUAGGCGUUGUGUAAAAUCAAACAUGUUGGAGCAAAACAUGACAAACAAGCUGAUUAAACUGUUCCACUCUUUUAUUGUUCCCAUAAUGUUGCUUAGCAGAGUCUCAUGAAUGAAUGAGGAUGCCCUCUCUGUGUGAUUUAUGCCUCUGUUGUUUAUCUCUGCGGUUUGAAGUGGGCGAGAUGCUUGGAAAAAAGAGAAUGAAAAUCCGAUGCCAGUUGUUUAUAUGGCAGGAGAAGCGGAAUCAGUCAAAUCUGCUCUAACCACAGCCAUGCAGUCCUGAUGAAGCAGAAUUAUGAGCGUUAAACUCUUUAUAUCUAUGGUUGUUUUUACCAAAUGCAGGACUGUUCAAAGUGGGGACUUGGGGCUGAAGUUGGUCUGCCAUAAAGUUCAGUCUGGUUUCUACUACAAAUAAAAAUUCUAAUGUUUAUGCUGUUAUUUUGUGAGGUAAGAACGCUUGAUAAAUAAGCAGGAUCCAUUAAUUAAUCAUUUUUUAACAUCCGAUGUAAGUGACAAUUAAGGGAACCUUCUAUCCUAGCAUUAAGUUUCAGUUUUGGCCUUUGAAGGGAAAAAGCUUUAAGGUGGAUACAAGUCUAAAAUGUUCCUGCACCUCCUUCGAUGUUUUCUUGAACUGUGGUCUUGUUCAGAUUAGUCAACGCGCAGCCACUUCUUAACUUUAUCUCAGGCUGUUGCAGUUCAUUUGAACACAUUGUGAAAGUUUGCGUUGCCAGGAUUUUCCACUCUGCUCCAAACUCCAGUCGACUACCUCCGCUGUCUCUCCCCAAAGGGCAUGUUGAGCAUUUACACUCCUGUGUUGUGACAUGUAUGCACUGUGAUAGCAGACAAGCUUAAGUGAAGUUCUAUUCAUGUGUUUUGAAACAAUAAAACCUUGCUGAAAAACCC